AUGGCAAGAUGGAAAUUCGUUCUGGCAUCGUGGGCAGAGUGUAGCAGAGGAAUACCCAUUUCAAAACCUCCUCAGCACGCCAGAACAGUUUUCAAACGAGAUAACCAGAGUCCUUCCGUUUCUUACAAAGCCCACGAUGUAAUAAGCAAUGGAAUUUCAGGGGCCAAGGUUUUUAAGUUUGUAUCAGAAAAUACUUGUGGCGGCAACGUGGAAAAACCCGCCGAGGCUCUCCAGAAAUGGAUGGAGCCCAAAAGGAAAACGGAAGUCAUAUACUCAACGUUUUGCUUUGCAGAAGACACAAUACAAGCCUUGAAACAGCGAAGUGGGGCUUCGAGUUCUUUUGUUGCUGUGGCAGCACAAUUUUGGAGAUGUGUGAUGAGAGCUCGAGAGGUGCCACAGGAAGAAGCGGUUUAUUUCGGAGUGCUGUGUGAUUGCAGGGGUCGUGUUAAGCGGCCACUGCCUCCAACUUAUUUCGGAAAUUGCUUAUCUCCUGGUUUGGCACAGACAACGGCCAACAAACUGAUCAACUCCGACAUCUCCUUCGCUGCGGGUGUUAUCGAGGAAGUCAUCAAUUUCUGCACUUCUGAAGAGCAGAUUAAUUAUCUGAUCGAUUGGGUAGAAUCUCCUGACAGAGAUAUUCUAAAUUUACUUACAGAAGCCGGGUGCGUAUAUGGAACUAACACUGUAAGUUCUCCAAGAUUUCCAUUGUACGAGAUCAACUAUGGAUGGGGGAAGCCUUCGGAUGUGCAUAUUGCUACAAUGCACAAAAUUGGAAUCAUGUUUUUGUCAUGCGCAAAGGAUGGGGGAAAAAGCAUUCUUGUGUCCACUUGCCUUCCUCAACACCAGAUGGAAGUCGUGCAUCACCUUCUCUUCGUUUCAGUAGAGUGA